AUGUCGGGGGCCAUCUUCGCGCCCCUGGAGGGCCCGGGCGCCCCGGACGCGGCGGGCGGACACCCGCUCGUGUGCCCGCUGUGCCACGCGCCGUUCGAGCGCCCGUGCCUGCUGGACUGCUUCCACCACGUCUGCGCCGGCUGCCUGCGGGGCCGCGCCGCCGACGGCCGCCUGGCCUGUCCGCUGUGCCAACACCAGACGGCGGUGAAAGGCCCCAGCGGGCUCCCCCCGGUGGACCGGCUGCUGCAGUUCCUCGUGGACAGCUCUGGGGCCGGCCUGGAGGUGGUGCGCUGUGCCAACUGCGACCUGGAGUGCGGCCUGCAGGACGCGGACACCACCUACUUCUGCAACACGUGCGGGCAGCCGCUGUGUGCGCGCUGCCGCGAGGAGACGCACCGCGCCCGCAUGUUCGCGAGCCACGACGUCGUGGCCCUGGGCCAGCGCAGCCGCGACCUGCUGCAGAAGUGCGCGCUGCACGCGGAGCCCUACAUCAUGUUCUCCACCGACACCAAGGCGCUGCUGUGCAUCCGCUGCUUCCGGGACAUGCAGGGGGAGAGCCGAGCGCACUGCGUGGACCUGGAGUCGGCCUACGUGCAGGGCUGCGAGCGGCUGCAGCAGGCGGUGCUGGCCGUGAAGGCGCUGCAGGCGGCCACGCGCGAGGCCAUCGCGCUGCUGCAGGCCAUGCUGGAGGAGGUGCGGCGCAGCGCGGCGGAGGAGGAGGCCUCCAUCCACUCCCUGUGCGGCAGCCUGCAGGACAAGCUGGCGGAGAGGAAGGCGCUGCUGCUGCAGGCUGUGCAGAGCCAGUAUGAGGAGAAGGACAAGGCCUUCAAGGUGCAGCUCUCCCAGCUGGCCACACUGCUGCCCACCCUGCAGGUUCACCUGGUCAUCUGCUCCUCCUUCCUCAGCCUGGCCAGCAAGGCUGAGUUCCUGGACCUGGGCUAUGAGCUGAUGGAGAGGCUGCAGGGCAUCGCCACGCGGCCGCACCGCCUCCGGCCGGCGCAGAGCAGCAAGAUCAUCAGCGACCACCGCGCUGAGUUCGCGCGCUGCCUGGAGCCGCUGCUGCUGCCGCCGGGGCCGCGCCGCGCUGCGGGUGCUGGGGGCCCCAGCACGUUGGCAGGGGUCUCAGGCCCCAAGGUGCUGGUGCCCAGCUGCCCCUCCCCGGUGGGGAAGCUGUUGGGGGCCCCGGUCCAGAAGCCCACGCUGCACCGGGCCAUCGGCACCAAGGUGCUGCUGGCGGAGGGCGAGGACACGCCCUUCCUGGAGCACUGCCGCCGCUACGAGGACUCCUACCGGCGCCUGCAGGCGGAGAUGCAGAGCCUGAAGGACCAGGUGCAGGAGCUGCACCGGGACCUCACCAAGCACCACGCGCUCAUCAAGGCGGAGAUCAUGGCGGACAUCCUCCGCAAGGCCCUGCAGGUGGACGCGCAGAUCGCCUCGGAGUACGCCUCCGCGGAAGGGAUGAGGGCAGCCUUCCAGGAGAUGUGGGCGGAGUCCUACCAGCGGGUGGCUAACCAGCAGGAGAUUUACGAAGCCCAGCUCUAUGACCUCCUCCAGCUGAAGCAGGAGAACGCCUACCUGACCACCAUCACCAAGCAGAUCACACCCUACAUCCGCUCCAUUGCCAAGGUGAAGGAGCGGCUGGAGCCCAGGAGUGACCCGGUGCGCGGGGCGGACAAGAGGGAGACGACCUCAGAGCCAAGAGGGAACGGCCGGACCCCGCACGGCCUCACGGAAGAGCCUCCGCUGCAGAACAAAGAUCCUCACAGACCCAAAGUGCGGAACGGGGGUGACGUCCCCCCGCGGAGGGAGCGCCCCGCCUAG